CGGAGCGGGGGGGUCGGAGCCUUUGUGUGGAGCCGAGCGGGGAUGGUGCCGGGAGCCGCCGGAGCCCCUCGCCCUGCCAGCCCCUGGAUGCUAAGUACCUGGCGAACGAAUGAAUAAGAAGCAAACCAGGAGGAGGAACUCUUGAGCAACUGCUAAGAUGGGCAUGAGGAUCAAGCUACACAGCACUGAUCACCCCAACAACCUGCUGAAGGAACUCAACAAGUGCAGGCUGUCGGAAACCAUGUGUGACGUCACCAUCGUGGUGGGGAGCCGCUCCUUUGCCGCACACAAAGCGGUGCUGGCCUGCGCAGCCGGCUACUUCCAGAACCUCUUCCUGAACACGGGGCUGGACGCCGCCAGGACCUACGUGGUGGACUUCAUCACGCCGGCCAACUUUGAGAAGAUCCUGAGCUUCGUCUACACCUCUGAGCUCUUCACGGACCUUAUCAAUGUGGGUGUCAUAUACGAGGUGGCGGAGAGGCUGGGCAUGGACGAUCUACUCAAGGCCUGUCAUUCCACCUUCCCUGACUUGGAGAGCUCGGCUGUUACCAAGCAGCCCUCUGGGUCGGUAGAAGGUUGUUCGGGCCCUUUGAGUGGCGCAGCGACAGAACCAAACCAUUCCCUGGGUGAGCUCCGGAGCAGUGGGGAGCACUUUGGCUCUGAGCGGAAUUGCACCUUGCAUGGGGAAGUGGCAGGUGGUUACAAAGAGGAUGACAGGAAUCCCAUGAGUGAAGCCGGCCAUAACCUGCCUUUGAUGCAUCAACCACCUCCAAAGACAGAAGAGCAGGAACUGACAGGGCAGUUUGCUUCUGCCACCAACGUGGUGUCUCAAUCCAGCCUGGGCAAUGUCAACAUGGCCGUUCAAACCACUGCAAGUACCUGCCAGCCCUAUAAGAUCCAGAGCAACGGGGACUUCAGCAAGACCAGCUUUUUCGCAGCUGACACCUCGCUGGACAUCUCCACCGGGAGCAACUCCUGCCCCAGCAACAGUGACCAUUCCAAAGACCAGGGCUUCGGGCAGAUGGAUGAGCUGCAGCUGGAGGACCUAGGGGCAGACGAGCUGCACUUCGAAGACGCCAGCGAAGAGCUGGGCCCGGUGGAGGAGGUCAUCGAGCUGAGCGACGACAGUGAGGAGGAGCUGGCCUUUGAGAAUGACAGCCGGGAGAGCAAGGCCAUGCCCUGCCAGGUGUGCAAGAAGGUCCUGGAACCCAACAUCCAGCUGAUCCGCCAGCACGCGAGAGACCACGUGGAUCUGCUCACCGGCAACUGCAAGGUCUGUGAGACCCACUUCCAAGACCGGAAUUCCCGGGUCACCCACGUCCUGUCCCACAUCGGGAUCUUUCUCUUCUCCUGCGACAUGUGCGAGACCAAGUUCUUCACCCAAUGGCAGCUCACCCUCCACCGGAGAGAGGGUGUGUUUGACAACAACAUCAUCGUCCACCCCAGCGACCCACUGCCCAACAAGAUCAACCUGUUUGGCGGAGGGCCCGGCUCGGAGCUGGUAUGCACCGCCUGCGGGAAGCCACUGGCCAAAGAUUUCCACACUGUCCGGGGCCACAUCCUGGACCACAUGAACUUGAAAGGCCAGACAUGUGGUGUGUGCGACCAGCGGCAGCUCAACCUCUGCAGCCUGAUGUGGCACACCCUGUCCCACCUGGGCAUCUCCAUCUUCUCCUGCUCCAUCUGUGCUAACAGCUUCGUGGACCGGCAUCUGCUGGAGAAGCACAUGGCCGUCCAUCAGAGCAUGGAAGAGGCGCUCUUCCGAUGCCAUUUCUGCAGCCAGAGCUUCAAGCUGGAAGCGGCUUACCGCUACCAUGUCAGCCAGCACAAGUGCGGCGGCACCCUGGACGUUGUCCGUCCCAACUUCGGAGACCGGCUCCAGCAGCAAGCCCUCCAGAAGAGGAAGCUGCCGGAGGAGUUCUUGAGCGAGGACCUGGCCCUGCAGAACCAGCCAGGAAACAGUAAGUACAGCUGCAAGGUCUGCGGGAAGAGGUUUGCCCACACGAGCGAGUUCAACUACCACAGGAGGAUUCACACGGGAGAAAAGCCUUACCAGUGCAAAGUGUGUCACAAAUUCUUCCGCGGCCGCUCCACCAUCAAGUGCCACCUGAAGACGCACUCGGGGGCCCUCAUGUACCGAUGCACUGUGUGUGGGCACUACAGCUCCACCUUAAACCUCAUGAGUAAACACGUCGGUGUGCACAAAGGCAGCCUGCCGCCCGAUUUCACCAUCGAACAGACGUUCAUGUACAUAAUCCAUUCCAAAGACGCGGAGAAAAACACAGACAGCUGAUUGGGUGGCGCUGGUGGGGUAGGAGAGCAAACGCGAAUUGUAAAGUGGUGACUCCCCGCCCCAGUUUUAACGGUCGGACGUCGUGGAUGGAAUUCUCCCUUUUUUUGCCCUUGCCUCGGGAUUUUUCUGUCGGCAUCCUUCAGGUUAACAGCACGUGAGGCAAACCAAGGAGCCCAUUCUCUUUACUUACCUCCAGUCCCGUUAGAGGCCGCUGAGUUCCGUGGGUUGGCAUUUCUUCCCGGGUUUGGGAUUUGAUAAUUAGACAACUAUCUCCGUUGGGCAGGUUAACCCUAGCCAGGCCUCCUGCGGGUUUGUGAUCACACCUAGAUUUAUGCUGCUCUUGCCCUGACAGCCAGCCUCAGUAGAGCUGGGAUGGGAAGGUGGUGGACACGAAAACACUAAUUGGUUUUCUUCCAGGCUUUGCUGCUACUGGGAGGAACAAAGCAGAGUCUGGCCUUGGGGACGGGGGAGCUGGCAGGCCCGGGGGUGCUCCAGGAGUUUGACUUGGUGCUUGAAAGGGGGAUUAGUGCAACUUCUAGCCGCCCGUCUGAGCCAGGGCCUCAGUUGCCGAUUGUUCCUCCACCCCCACCCCCUGGUACCGCUUCUGAAGUUUAAAAGUCACAUUUGCGAGCCAGGGAAAUGAAGGCAUACCAGAGCAGCCCAAGCUCGGGGCAGAGCUUCCUUGGAGAAGAGAGGAGGUCUCUUGCCAUAAACUAGGCUAGAUUGGCAGACAAGAACAAUUUACCCUCUCUGAAGAGUCACUGAGCCAGGGGAAGCAUGUAGCAAAUGUGGACAGAAGGGCUGGUUUCUGCCUUGUUCUCCCCCCCUGCCCUCCCACCCAGACCGAAGAGAAAUGUUUUUAGCGGAGAUCAUCCCCUCCAAGUCCUGGGAUUCUGCGGCCUGCAGUAGCACGUUAAUGCUGCCGGGGCACACGUUUGUAGCUCACCCCGCCCUCCCUAAGUCAGUAGCGCAGCAGUCUGGGGGUUGGGGUGUGGAGAGCAUCGGGCAUCCCUGUGCGAAUGGUGCUGGGGCCCGUGCAGAGCCCUCUAGGAUGAGAGUGAAAAGAAACCGUUGCCUUAACUCCUGGGAAGGUGUCUUUGCAGGAGGAGUUUUCUCCCUGCUACAGGGUUAGCCCCCGACCCCACGGUAAUGGAACGGCCACUGCGUCUGUGACGUGGUUUCUAUCGAAGGACGUAGUCGGUGCCGACGUGAGUUUGCCCCUUCUGCUUUCACCGGGUAAUGCUGUUGCUUUUCACACACGCCCACUGGUGGAGGUCGGGGUGGUUUUUCUAGCGUUACUGCCCUGGGGCGGGAAGUGGAAAGGCAUGAAUAUGACACAUGUAGCAGUCUAGGUGACUCGUACUACCUCAUAACCUGGAAGCACUUGGGCCUUGAAUCCUGUGCACAGGCUCCUGCACUUCUAUACACUCUGAACGCUCUGCCAGCCUCUCCCCGCCCAGGGAGCUGCUCUCUGCUGCAUUGUAGCUGGAAGGGCUGACUCGCCCGAGCUUCGCUCGAGGUAGCAGGCUAAAAAUGCAUUGCGGCACUGGCCGCAGCUCAGGCGAGCCCUGGGUCUGAGCUUGGGUGACUAGCUGGAACUGCUGCUGGUGCCACAACAUCCGUACUGCUAUUUUUAGUGCACCUGCUUGAGCAAAACCAGCGGGAGUCUGUCUCCCCGGGCUGGGAGGCUCUGUACCGCUGCAGUGCGGUCACCCUCAGAGAAACAGCGUUGGUCUGGCCUGGGGCCUAGGUGUUCCUUGGGUCGAACCCCACUGCUAACACUAAAUUCAUUGUGGCCUUGGGCAAGUCGCUUCACCUCUCUGCCUCAGUUUCCCCAUCUGUAAAAUGGGGGCAGUAAUACUUGUGGUACCUACCUACCUCCCUGGAGCAUAGUGACGAUUAACCGGUUAAUGUCUGUACAGCAUGUUGAAGAUGAAGAGCACUUAUGAAUAUGAUUAUGUAGCAUCCUAGGGAAAUGACCCCUCACGUUCCUCUGUGAACCCCCUGUCUCCGCCCCCCAGGUGCAAUAACAGCCCUGCAGCGUUGUCCUUCUCUUCACUCUGCUCUCUGUUUCUGGGCCUUGUGAAAUGAACACUAGUGCUAAAGGGUAGGAUGAAGUGUGAGCAAUAAGCAGAGGCUGCUCGCUUAGCCUAGCGCACCAGGAGUCAGUUUGCGGGAGGGCCGUGAUGACUGAGGGUCCCAGGGAAGGCAGGAGCAUGCGGUCUGAGGGGGCAAGGGGUUCAGAGUUAAUUGUGCCAGGAACCUGGGGAAUGAAGUGAGUUUCUGGCUCAUCUCCUGCUGAGUAGAGUCAGAAGCGGUACCGACUUCACGCUCUAGAGUUGGGGUGGGAUUUGCAGGAGGGCAGCAUCCCUGGCCGCAUUUGGACACUCCUGCGUUUUAGCACGGUCAUCAGAAUCCCUUCCCGUCUGCAGCUAAUGGUGGAUGUUUCAGUGUCGAGGUUUAACGCCCCCAUCGGCACGUCCUCAGGGCAUGAGAGUGCAGGGGAUGGAGACAGAACCCUGAAGGCAUCCAGCUGUUUUCCUCCAGGCAGUGCCUGAGCUUGCACGGGGAACCAACCACAGCUCCUGAGCAGAAAGCUCCUCUGCCCCUGAGCAGAAGGAACCCUGCUGACCUCCUCCCUGACGUGCGCUUUCAAAUACUGGUGCCCCAGUCAAACCGUGUGGCACUGAAAAAAGCCAGUGGUGGCAAGACCGUCUGAGAUCUGCCCUCUGCGGUCUGUGUAGUGCUAACCAGUUUAAUGGGUGCCAUAUGCAGACAUCCCUGGGUGGCCCCAAGCUUUGACACAGCCCCUGGAUAUGGCCCUCUAGGGAAGGUGUUUAAAAGAGGAACUGGAUGUCAAAAUGGCAGAAUUCUAGUUGUUGGUCAAAUCUGCCCCGAACUUUGUUAGCACUGGUUGACUUCAUGUCGAACUGAACAGAUUAACCCAUGAUUGUCGUAGAGGGGGUGUCAGACACCUUUGACAUUACUCCUGUCUCUGGCUAUGUCUGCAGUACGAGCCAGGGGUGUGAGUCCCCCUUUGUGUACACAAACUCGCUGUGGGAGCCAUGGAGCCAUGUUGGCGUCUGAAACUGAUGGAUAUUUCCUUGGCACGGCUAAGGCAGGCCCCUGCUGCCGCUACCUGGGCUUCGACGGCUCCACAGCUCAUAGUGUAGAUGUAGCCAGUGUGUCGGGGAUGGGGGAGCAGCCUGAGCUCAGAUCCGUGCCCACCUCUGUCUUGGCUCUUCCCUGGGUUAUGACCCGUUCACGUUCUCCCUCAAAACUCUGAGAUCGGCAGCCAUUUGAUGUGGGUGGUUGCCCGUGGGGAAGUGAAAAAAAUUCUGAUUUGCAAAACUCUGUCAUGAGUUCAAUCCCUUAGUUUCUCCUCCUUGAAUUCUCUGAAUUGGGAUGAGGCCAAAACCUGGGCUCUCCCUCCCAGCCUGGGGAUCCAAUCGCAGCAUCCAGCCCUCAUCCUCUGGAGCGCCCUCCCUCAACGUGUCACCCCCAAACUCCAUGGGAGCCAAGUGGAGCCUUUCUGCUGGCUUUGGUGGGCUUUAGAGCGAGGCCCUAACCCCAGACACGAUGACCAAUCUGCAGCGGGUCCUGGUGUCUUCCUUUGCUUGGUGCCACCAGCCUUACCAUUCAGUUUUCUGCCUCCCUUUUGUCAUGGGGCUGCCACUGGGUCUUGCCAGCCAGGGUAGGAGAUCAAAUAGUCUUCACGAGCAAUGUCCAUGCUGCUCUUUGUAUCAGCAGGGCAGGCUUAGGUAGAGUCCAGAGACAGAAGGAGGCUCUUUCAUGCUUUCACUCUGAUCCCUGGGCCUAGAGUCCAAAAGCCGUGUCUCCCACGCCCGAUGUGUCCUGCUGAUGCUCCCGGCUAACGGAGCUGGCUCCAGUGCUAUUUUUUCGGUUUACUGCCUAACAUAGGAAAAGAUAACAGUAUUGUCUGGUAGACCAUACAGGGGCUGGGAGAGAGACCCCCUGGGCUCUGUUCCCAGCUUUUCCACUGGCUCAGUGUGUGUUCUUGCGUCGGUUCCCCCCCCAGUCUGUAAACAUGGGGGACACUAAGAAAUACCUACCUCACAUGGGGGAGGGUGUGAGGUUUAAUUCUUGUUUGUAAAGUGCUUUGGGAUCCUUGGGGAUGAAAUGGGGGCAUUUAAGAGGACAUGUUAUCAACGAUCCAGGCUGCAUUGUAGGGCUCUGUCUAAUCCCAGGGGCCUGCCACGCUAACGGAGCUUGAAGCAAGCUGCCCAUCUCUAACCAAAAGGCAGUGGUGUCCCAAUGGAGAACGUAACCUUAUGGGACAGAUCUUAUUUCUGAAACACAAACGGGGUUUGCUUUCAUUCCUCCCCAGAUCUCUCUCUCAAAAAAAAAUGAAGCAGAUAAAAGUUGUAAUUACUGUCUAACCUUUUCAUUAAGUUAAUAGUAGGUACUGACCUGAUAUUUAAGUGGUUACUAUCUAUUUGCUGUAAAGUUUUGUAUAUUUUGUAAACUUUUCCCGCCACUCGAAAUAGUAGAUGUCUAAAAUCGUUGUACAUCGGAUUCUUUUAUACUCCAUCAUCCAGCACAAAGUGUGGUUUUUAUUUAGAAUAAUAAAAUGGAAAACAGCCACC